GUUGGAUAUAAAACUAUCAAAAUGACGAAUAAUUGGUUCUAAAAUCACGUGGGAAAUGGUAUAAAAUAUGACACAUCAGAAGUCCAUGACCUUAAAGACGCCAUCUUUUUUCUGGAUCUCGGUCGUGACAACUUGAUAUUUUACAACCCUGCAAUUGCCUCAGAGUUUGGGAGUUUUAUACACAUUCGUGAUAGAAUGGACAAUUUAAUACAUUCCUACCACGUCAACUAUCAAACCCUCGUCCCAUCUCCUAUACCUUCUCCAUUGCUGCCAACAAGCCACAUGUCAAUAUGUGAAUGUAGGUUACUAGAUGACCAUGUAAAAGCCAAAUCUGCUGUUGAUACUAAAAAGGAAGAGGAUGAGAUAGUGAUAAAAACAAUUACAAAUGACCAGGUUGGAUUUGAUGAAUCAGGCCUUCUUAAUAUGCCGCUUGAUGUUUUGGCGAUGAUUAUAAAGUUUUGUGUUGGUGUGGAAUACAUGAACUUUCGUGCUACAUGCAGAUGUUGCCAUCUUGCAGCACCUCUGAUACAAUGGAGAAAUGAAACAGCAUUAAAGAAUUACUCAUUAGUUUCACCCUGGCUGAUGGUUCUGCAAAGACAUCGAGGGGUUAUCACUUUUAAGGAUCCGCUGUUGGGCGGCGACUACUAUAUGAAAAAUUCGCAGAAAUCAGUUUUUGUUGAGAAAAUAUAUUGUUCCAGGUUUGGUUGGGUUGUUUUUAAAAUGACAGGCACACACCUGGUGUUUUUUAACGCAUUCACUAAUGACCUCCACAAGCUUCCAGAGUUGCAUCAUUCUCUUGACAGCUUAUAUUUCUCAGCUCCGCCUACUUCCCCUGAUUGUAUGGUGAUUGGAUUUGGGGGUGUACGAGAUUGGCUAGUUCACUUCCAUUUUGUAGCUGGAAAUCCAACCUGGCGUACGUUUUCUUUAGGUAUUCGUAAACCACCUCUUUGUUUGUCAACCUUAUUUGGCCGAGAUCUUUAUGCCUUGUCUACCGGGUGAGAUCUUAUUGUUAUCAAAAAGUUGGGCGAAGAUAACGCUUGGAUGCGUUUUAAAGCCAAAGCCCCAAGAAGUUCUUGUAGAUCUCGAGCGCAAUAUUUCUUGGUAAAAUGUGAUCAAGAUGUGUUACUACUCAUCAUAGGCGGGAUUGGAGAUCCUAUUGAGAUAUUCAAGCCAAAUGAUUCUACGCACGAAUGGGAGAAAAUAAAUGGCAUAGGAAAGCACACGAUCUAUAUAUGUAAUACAAUCUGUCUAUGCAUUGAAGCCAAAAUACCAGAAAUGGAGAAUAAGAUCUUCCUUCCACAAGUUUCUUCUGCGAACGGCAAGAUUUCUAUUCAAUAGAAACAUCCACAUUUCACACAUUUAAUGGCAAAAAUGUACAAGAGAAUGUAAGGGAUAUUUCUAAUGCUAGCCAUCUUUCUGCUCAUGCAUGGCUUGAUUAAGUUGGUCAUAGCUUACUUUUUAUUCGUAUUAUCAUUAUUAUGCUUUUAUCUUAGUGCGUAGAUAAUGCAGUAAAAAUCUAUGGGACAUGUUUAACCUCUAGCUUAUUUCUAACCUUUCACUUUUGUAUUGUUUAUGCAUUUUUCAUAAUUGGAAACUAAGCUAAUUUUGCUUGUGUUGGCAAUUGGCAAUAUUUUUAUUUUAUAUUUUAUAUACAAAAUGGGAAGAUAGUGUUCUCUCUUAUUUAA